AUGAAACUCAUGGACUAUGUCAGAGACAACAUCUCAAAGUUGGAGAAAAGAGGUAUAAAAAAGAAAACUACUGUUGGAGUGUUUGGGAAGACGGGGGCUGGGAAGAGCUCUCUGAUAAACGCCAUCCUCGGGGAAAAACAUCUGUUACCAUCAGGAACCCUGUGUGCCUGUACUUCAGUCAUCAUACAAGUUGAAGCCAACAUAUCAGACUUCAACUACAAAGCUGAGAUUGAGUUCAUCUCAAAAGAGGAAUGGAAAGAUGAACUUAAGAGGCUUCAUAAAGACCUAACAGAUGACAGUGAGGAGAGGGACAGUGCAGUGUACCGUACAGCAAAGCAGAAGAUUGCAGCACUGUAUGGAAAGGAAACUGUUUCUAAGAACUUAGAAAACCUCAUGAAAGAUGAUCAUUUCACAGGAAUUCCUGAGUUUCUCAAAUCUAAACCCAAAAUGAUAACAUGUGAGAAAGCCACAGAUUUCUCAGAUGAGAUAAGGUGUUACGUUCAGCAUGAUGAUUCAAGUCCUGGAAGAUGUUACUGGCCGGUAGUAAAGAGUGUGACCAUCAAGGUUCCAAACUGUGAAGAUUUUCUGAAAAACAUUGUGCUAGUGGAUCUUCCUGGAACUGGAGAUUACAACAAGAGCAGAGAUCAGAUGUGGAGAUCGAAAUUGAAAGAUUGUUCCACAGUGUGGAUUGUAAGUACAUCAGAUCGUGCCGUUUCUGACCGUAAUGCCUGGGAGAUUGUUUCUCGCAGCAUAAGAGACAUGGCGCAAGGUGGAGAGUGCAGGAGCAUCACUUUUAUAUGUACCAAGACUGAUGACAUCGACCCAGAGGAGUACAUGAGACUCAAAAAGCUUAAGGAUGAAGACUUUCGGAUCACCCCACAGGUUUCACAAUACAAGGACAAGAGAAAAACUGCAUGCAUUUUGCAUAGGAAUGGCGUAGCCAAGGAAGAUGUGAAGAGGAGUUUUAAAGAACAACAUAACAUAAAAAGACACUUAAAAUGUGAUGAUAACCUCCCUGUGUUCACGGUGAGUUCUAAAGAAUUCUUCAACAAAGAUGGAAUCCUGACAGAAGAACAAACAGAGAUACCCAAGUUGAAGGACCUCUUAAGGACGUACAACAAUAAUUACACAAACGAAAGAGCAAGUCAAUACAUCUCUGGAGCACAUGGAAUUCUUUCCUUAAUUCAAGGUUCCAAGAAGAGUGACACUGAAAUGAUGACUGAGAAGACCACACUAUACGAGGAAUUGAAGAAAAAUCUUGACAACCAACUUGAAAAUCUGCGUGAAAACUGUCGCCAAAUUCGCAGUUCUUUGGGUGAGCAUCUUUCAAAAGGAGCAAGAGUGUCUGAAGAAAAAUGUGCUGCAACAACAAAAGAAAUAAUCAUGAAUCAUACAGAUGGUCGAGGAUUUCAUCGAACUCUGACAGCAUUGUGUGAGAAUGACGGAGUCUGCAUGUCUAAGAAUGGAGAAACACGAAAUCUUAACAUGAGCUUGAUCAAACCCAUGUUGGACCACAUUGAUGAAACAUUCAAUGACUUCUUCCCAGUCCAAAGGAAUGUAACUGAGAGAUCUCUGCAUGCAAACAUUGAUAUGUUCACUAUCAUCCCAAAGAACCUGAUCACAGAAUAUAGCAAAUCACCAGUGCUGAGUCACAUGCUGAAAUUCCUUCAAACUGAGGAAGAGAAACUCAAGACAGAGCUUAAAUUGGAAAUUGUUGAGCGAAAAAAGGAAAUAUAUGAAACUCUUCUCAAAUCUAUCUCGACCACAAUGCAGCCAUGCUAUCAGAACGCUGCUGCUCAUAGUGGGAAGGGCUCUAUGAGGAAGAAGCAGGAAAUUCUGUUGAACCACAUAGAAUCAUCAAAGAGUGAAAUGUUCCAGAAGGCAAAGACUGAGAUGCUUGAUGAGCUGUAUGAAACACUGAAUUACACCAUGAAGAAGAUAAGAAAAACAUUAACGGAAUCAAUGGAAUACUCACUUUGCAGUGCAAGCACCUUGCCUUACAUGGAUGUUUCCAAGGAAAUAGAGAAAAUGGAAGAAUUGAAAAGGUUCACUCAAGACUGAGCUCAUUUAUCCAAAAAAGAAGUCCAAGGAUGUUUGGUGGAAAUCUCACUCCACUGCUGCUGGCUAAUUUGAUGAUGUUAUGUAUCAGAGUUCAGUAUGUUAUCAGUCACACGACAUUUAAUCUGCCCUGUAGGCCAAAUGUUUUGAUAUUUCAAAUAUUACAUUAGUAUCUUUUACUUUGAGGUCUCUCAUAUUAAAAUACUGUUCAAACUGUCUAUUACGACUUUAUCCAAAGACUAUAAAACAUUUUUCUUAUAAAUUUCUUAGAAUUUCUUUCUACAUAAUCUUGAUUGAAAAAAUGUAACUGUUGCAGCAUAAUUUUAUAGGACAGUUUGAAAACAAUCAGUAGCCAGACCUGCAUUUAUCGCUUUGUCUUUUAAUAUUAGUCAUGUAUAACAAUGGUUGAGGGUUAUUUGUCAUUAUCUUAUUCUAACAAUUGGUUGGCUGUAAGUAUACAUUCAGCUCAUUGAUAAACAUACUUUUGCUGUUGAUAUGGCAGCUGUUCUGAGAGUCACUGGCUACAAAUUUUGACAUUUUGCAACAAAGUACUUCAUCAUAUUGGCAUUGUUCUGUAUCUCCUACCUGCUGUCACUUACUUUUCCUAAUUUUGAUUGUUCACGUCAGUGAUUACUAGACUGCAUACACUGAAGUGAUUUCAAUGAUUUUCUUUUUAUAUACAUACAGAUUUAGUAAACGCUUGUCUUAUUUAACUGGGAUUGGUUUGUAAAUGAAAUAAAGCAUUUAAUCUGA